CAAUUCAUAACUUCCUGCACUUACUAUCAUGGAAUUUGCAACCUCCACCGGUUACACUUUGGCUAAUUGAUGGGAUGACCAUCCACGUUUCAAUUUAUUCCACAACUUCUUCAUCUUUACACUUCCCUCACAAUCAUAUCUCAGAUAAAUCCCCUCACUCAUUAACACCAUUGUGUUUAAUUUUUGUUGUGCAGGCUUAUAAAUGGAAGGAGAAGCAGAGGUGUUUUAUGCAGGUUAGAAUGUGGUGAAGUUCGAAAUUAAUUCGGUGAACAUAUGGAUGUAUGAAGUCAUGGUGCUUUAGCUUGGAUUUGAAUUUUGGUUUUGGAGGAACAAUCUGAAGCUAAAACUUUAACAAUGCAAGAAGGUCUCGAGACUCCCGGUGUUGUUGGUUAUAUCCGAAGGUCAACCACCGCAUUUACUAACAAAGAUGAAUUCAGUUACGAGACGCAACGAUCUAACCUGCAAGUUGAAGGCAUUCUGCCAGUGCCUGCAACUUGUAAUGACUUGCGUGAGCUUCGAGUUUUUCCUGUGGAUGCGAGGGAGGAAGCUGAAUACACAAAGCCACACAAACAUCAAGAAGAACUGGUUUUCAACUCUGAUUCAGGAUUUCACGUAUCUUUAUGAUCCAAACAAUGAGACUGCUGGUGCAUUUGUGCCAUCUCAGAUAUUGUAUGAUGCAUUCCAUGUAAGGUAUCAGAAUUCUGCAGGAGUAAUAGUUCUACUAUUUGCCAUUUGGGGUUCAUUAUUCUUUGGUGGACUUUCAAUCACCACAAGUUCCGCCAAAGUCGCUUAUGCGCCGUCAAUAGAUAAGGGAGUGUCGUUUUCAUUAUUAUGGAGAAAAUUGCAUCCAAAACACAAGGUUCCUACAAAUGUUGUAUGGCUAUGUGCAGCAAUAUGCAUUCUUCUUGGCCUACCAAUAUUGAAGGUGAAUGUAGUGUUUACUACAAUAACUUCAAUAUGCACAAUUGGUUGGGUUGGUGGUUAUGCAGCUCCGUGAAAGUUUGAUGGAAUCCACGAGCUUUACAUGUUGCUGCUUUUGUUCUAAUGACUCUCAGUCAUAACUUGACGCCAAAGAUAAAGGUUGCAGGAGGUUUUGACUUGAUAGAUACUUUUCAGGAUAUGUUUGGGGCUGGAGGUGACACAUCAUCAAGCACCAUAGAUAGGGCAAUGGCAGAAAUGACAAGGGAUCCAAGAAUAAUGAAUAAAACACAAGAUGAGGUGAGAGAGGUUUUCAAAAUUAAAGGAAGGGUUGGUGAAAAUUACAUCGACAAAUUAAAUUAUUUGAAAUCAGUUGUCAAAGAAACCCUGAGUUUACACCCUCUAGUACCACUUUUUCUACCAAGAGAAAAUGGUCAAGCAUGUGAGAUAAAAGGCUUUCACAUACUGAUUAAGACUAAGGUGAUAAUCAAUGCUUGGGCUAUUGCAAGAGAUCCAAACGAUUGGACUGAACCAGAGAGGUUUUAUCCUGAGAGAUUCAUUGACAGCAAUAUUGACUAUAAAGGGAGUAAUUUUGAGUACAUUCCUUUUGGUUCUGGAAGAAGAAUAUGCCCAGGGAGCACAUUUGGUUUGAGAAAUAUUGACCUUACGCUUGUAGUGUUGUUAUAUCAUUUUGACUAGAAGCUUCCAAGUGGAACCUAAAGUGAAGAUUUGGACAUGACAGAGUAAUUCAGAAUUGCGGUGAGAAGAAAAGAUGAUCUUUUACUGCUCCCUUUUGUUUAUCAUCCUUUGAAUGUCAAGUGAGAUUCACAUGAGGAAACUGAAAAACUAUAAGAGUUAAAAUAAAUAAAGAUUGUGCAACUUAACCAUGUUUUCUUGAUCGUACUUUUGGGUUACUUUCUAGAUUGCACGUAAUAUGUAUGGCUUUUAAAUCACUUUAAAUCAAGUAUUCCAUUCUUAUAAUUAUGUGAUCCAUCAUGUUCAUGAUUAUCUGUACACACUUAUUUCCAUUCGAAAGCAGUGGCUUCAAUUGCAGAUUGGAAAAUAGCAGCCUGAUUAAUUUCCGCUACACUAAGUGCUAUAACACUGCUUAUGCGACAAUUUGACAACAGUUUUCACUUAAUUGUGUAUGCAAAACAUUAUCAAUUUCUAUAAAUUCCACUAGAACAAAGCUAUAGUACCACAAUUGUAACCAU